AUUCUAUUCUUAUUCUAGGAAGGGAAAAAUGAGUUCAAAUAUUUCCACAAGACACUUUCACAAGCCACAUAGUAGGGUAGGAGGGUUUUAUAUAAAGACUUUGGAUGCCUGAAUCAGAGAAGCCUUUGGGGGUACCGUCUGUUCAUGUGGGAAGGACUGGGUGCAUGCAGUGUCUGAAGGAUGUGAACACAGGUGCCAACCUUGAGCUUCCAUAACUCAGACUGACCAGUUCAGGGAAAUAAACAUUCUUCCUUAGAUGGUGAUACCAUAAAAUUUGAUCUAGGGGUGGGAAAAGAAGCUCUGAGGUAUUCUAGUUUCUGGCUGGCAGAAAGGGAAAGCUCUCCCUCUGCAUAAGACAGAUUUUCUUCUAGCAAAUGCAGUGAAUGAUGAGCAGAAUGAGAGGAGGUUUAGGUAGAAUGUGGAACUUACACCCAAUAGGGGUUUUAAAUGCUUGCCUAACAUACCCGACUUGUAAUUCUAUGUCUUAAAGCAGAUAGUGAAUCCACAGACCCCCGGAACAAUGCAGAUGCCACAGGAAACACUUUGGUAUGGCAUCUGCUGCUGCCAUUUGAGUGUGCCAGGGCCGCCUCUCUUCCUUGCUUUCACACACAUAUACACGCACACUCACACACACACUCCCCCUUCCCGGUAGGUUGAUGGAUUUGCCCAAACCCAGUCUCCUGACACUUCUACCCGAUAACCUGCUCAGCAUCUGAUAGCCCACAAGCGACGUGCAAGAGCCGGUUACUAGCAGUAACCGUCAGCCACGUCUCUAAUGAAGAAGCCCCAGUAGCAUCCUCCGUGGAGCUGAGCGCGGAGAGCGGAGGAGGCGCCAGGGAUCAGCCACCUCCUCCACGCAGGGAGCCAGCCAGCCGAGCGCUCCCGAAACAGCCUUCUUUCGAGGCGGGCUCUCCCGCGGGGAGGCCUCGAGCUUCCCCUGGCUUCUUCGGCUUCGGGGGAAUGCGGCACUCAGUUCUCCCUCUAGGCUGGGAGGAGAAGCCUCAGAGGCAGCAGCAGCAGCAGAGGCAGAGGGAGCGCAGGAGCCUCCCCCACCCCCAGGACACACACCCUGUCUCUGGGGGCAGGAUUUUCUGACCAGAUUUUUCUGUGCCUAAAUUUCGGGAGUGAUUUUAAUUCUCUUCCUUCCCUCCCUCCCUCCCUCCCCCCACCCCGUGCCCACCUCUCCCUCCUCGGGCCUGGGGCUCCAUCAUGCAGCUUUACGGCUGCUGGAGCUGAAGGUAGAGAAGACUGAAUUCAGGAAAGGGUACUGACUGCUGGCGCCUGCGGCGGGUCCGGCUUGGGUGGCUGCGGCGACGGUGGCUGCGGCUGCCUCAUGAAGGUAGCAACUGCAGCAGCAGUAGCAAUAAGCAGCAGCAGCAGCAGCAAGCAGCAAGCAGCAGCAGUAGCAACAACCGCGCUAACACCACAAGCCUCAGCGCCUGAGAAAGGGCACCCGAAGGGGCCGGUCCUCCGUAGCUCUGUUCUGUCUCUUAUUCCUUAGAAUGAUUGAUCUGUUGCUGUUGCUGUUGUGAGUGGUGGCGGCGGCAGAGAGGGUGACAGCAGCUGGCACAGCUGGGAGGCGGCAGGCGCCAUUGCCAGGACGACUGUCGGGGGUGCCACGGGCUGGCGGGCGGGGGAAGGAAGCCCUUUACGCGUCCGACGGAGAACUCGGUUGGAAGAGGAGGCGGAGGCUCAGCGAGCGCAGGUGCUGCCGCCUGCCCCACGCUGGGCCCCGGGCCAUGCGGCCAGAGUGAGAAGGUGCUUGUGGCCCCGGCGCCCCCAGCAGCCUCAUAGCCCAGGCAGGUUGGACUGGAGUCUCUCCAGCGUCGGCGGCAUGGCUUCUAGCCGGGACUCGGGCCGGAGCAGGCUCAGCCCCUUCGCCACUGCGGCCAGCCGGGCUGCGCCGGGACUGCGACUCGCCCCAAUGCUGCCCUUGCUGUUUCUGCUGCUGCCAGCCUCGGGAGGGUCGAGGGCCUUCCCCCGAGGGGCGGCGGGGCCGCCUCUCAACAGUCCACCCCUGUCCAUCAUGGGUUUGAUGCCGCUCACGGACAAUGUGGCAAAGGGCAGCAUCGGUAGAGGGGUGCUACCUGCCGUGGAGCUGGCGAUCCAGCAGAUCCGCAAUGAGUCCCUCUUGUAUCCUUACUUCUUGGACCUUCGGCUCUACGAUACCGAGUGUGAUAAUGCAAAAGGGUUAAAAGCCUUCUAUGAUGCAAUAAAAUAUGGGCCUAAUCACCUCAUGGUAUUUGGAGGAGUCUGCCCCUCGGUCACAUCCAUCAUUGCUGAGUCUCUCAAAGGAUGGAAUCUGGUACAGCUUUCAUUCGCAGCCACCACACCAGUCCUAGCUGAUAAGAAAAAAUAUCCUUAUUUCUUUCGAACUGUACCAUCAGAUAAUGCUGUCAAUCCUGCAAUUUUGAAGUUGCUAAAAUAUUACCAAUGGAAACGGGUGGGGACCCUAACCCAGGACAUCCAAAGAUUUUCAGAGGUAAGAAAUGAUCUCACUGGUGUCCUGUAUGGUGAAGGUAUUGAAAUUUCAGACACGGCAAGUUUCUCCAAUGAUCCCUGCAAUAGUGUCAAAAAACUUAAGAGUAAUGAUGUUCGGAUAAUUCUUGGCCAGUUUGAUCAGAAUAUGGCAGCAAAAGUAUUCUGUUGUGCAUAUCAUGAAAACAUGUUUGGCAGCAAGUAUCAGUGGAUCAUUCCUGGAUGGUAUGAGCCCUCCUGGUGGGAACUGGCACAUUCUGAAGGCAAUCCAUCUCCCUGCCUCAGCAAAAAUCUCCUAGCAGCUAUGGAAGGUUAUAUUGGAGUGGAUUUUGAACCCCUCAGUUCAAAAGAGAUCAAGACCAUUUCAGGAAGGACUCCCCAACAGUAUGAAAAAGAAUAUAAUGAUAAAAGAUCAGGAGUGGGACCCAGCAAAUUCCAUGGCUAUGCCUAUGAUGGAAUAUGGGUGAUUGCAAAAACCCUGCAGAGGGCUAUGGAACAUCUCCGCUCUAGCAACAGACACCAAAGGAUUCAAGAUUUCAACUACACAGACCAUAAGCUUGGCAAAAUCUUCUUGGAUGCAAUGAAUGAAACCAACUUCUUCGGUGUAACGGGUCAAGUUGUGUUCAGAAAUGGAGAGAGGAUGGGAACCAUCAAAUUUACCCAGUUUCAAGAUAGUAGUGAAGUGAAGGUGGGUGAAUACAAUGCUGUGGCUGACACGUUGGAAAUCAUCAAUGACACCAUCAGGUUUCAAGGUUCAGAGCCUCCCAAAGACAAAACAAUCAUCCAGGAACAGCUUCGGGAGAUCUCUCUGCCUCUUUACAGCAUUCUCUCGGCCCUCACCAUCCUAGGGAUGAUCAUGGCCAGCGCCUUCCUCUUCUUUAACAUCAAAAACAGAAACCAGAAGUUAAUAAAGAUGUCCAGCCCAUACAUGAACAACCUUAUUAUUCUUGGGGGAAUGCUGUCCUAUGCAUCUAUUUUUCUGUUUGGCCUUGAUGGAUCCUUUGUCUCUGAAAAAACUUUUGAAACACUUUGCACUGUUCGAACCUGGAUUCUCACGGUGGGCUACACAACUGCAUUUGGAGCAAUGUUUGCCAAAACAUGGAGAGUCCAUGCCAUCUUCAAAAAUGUGAAAAUGAAAAAGAAGAUCAUUAAAGACCAGAAGCUGCUAGUGAUUGUUGGAGGGAUGCUACUGAUCGAUCUUUGCAUCUUGAUUUGCUGGCAGGCUGUAGAUCCUUUAAGAAGGACCGUAGAAAAGUACAACAUGGAGGUAAGUCGCCAAACGUAUGCCUCACUCGUCAUUGCCCAUUGCUCUCCACUCUGCUCCAGGGUCCUUUGGACUACAGAUAUAGCCUACCAAGUGGCAUUUCCUAAAAACAGACUUUUAGGACCAGCUAGUCCCUAGCUAGAGUCAGUGCCCCCCUGGCAGAGAGCUGAAGGGUUCAAUAUCGACACGGGACACCAUGGUAGGACUUUGCUACAUACAAUGUUUUACUUGCAUCAUUGCAAAGCAAUACUGGCUGAAGUGAUGUACAGUGAGGAAAUCUGCUGUUUAAAGGAGAAUACUUCUUAAAUAGUCCAGUGUGGUAUUUCCAGAGAGGUAGGAAAAAUAUAAACACAUAUCAUAUGUAUUCUGAAUAAGUUCUUGUUUCUUAGUCUUCUGAAGACUGGGAAGACCUGGCAGCCAAAGGGAAUUCUGGGCAAUUGUAAUAGAUGCCACUGUCAUAAAUAAUGGAUUAUCAGGAUGCAUUAGUAGAUGUCAGUACAAACUCUGUUCCAUGCUCUUCAGCCUGUAAAAUCAAGAUUGAAGGCAACUACAGGAAAGGUCAAAAUUGGGUCAUUAGUAUUCAAUAUUUAGCACUUUGGAUAGAUCCUGUAAAGCCUCAUUUAUUUAGAUUCCACUAAUUUAAAAUUUAGUAUAAAUCUAAUGAGACUGGGAUGAAAUUAGUUAUAUCUGGUCCAUUUAAAAACAAGUGUUCUAAAUCAAUUAAUAGCUAAUCAAAAUAGCUGGAUAAUGUCUGGAUUUCUUAAGAGAACAAAUAUUUCAAACAUUUUAGAAUCAUUCAUUUACAUGAGAUCAAGCAAUAUGCAAAUUAUAUAUUAAAACAAGUCUCCUAAGAAAUUCUCCUAGGACACAGUUCAUAAGACCAUAGAUUUUGAGGUGGGGGGAUCCUAGGGCUCAGCUAUUUCUACUCCCUAAUUUUAUAAAUGAAGAAACUGAGUCUCAGGACAGUUAACUUACUUAUUCAUUGUAAUACAGACAAUAAAUGUUAGAUCUAGAUGUGAACCUUUGUUUUCUCACUCCAAAGAAGUUACUAGUCUAUUUCCAGUUUCUAUAUUGUAUAUAUUUUUAAAUUUUUAAUAUAUAUUUUAAUGUUUUUAAGUAUUACAUAUGCCAUGGAAAACUUUAAUAAUGCUAGAUAUAACAUAAUAUAAUAAAUUAUCCCAUCAUUCAGAUUUUUCAUCUAUUUAGCCUGGUCUCAGCCCCUUUUUGCCUACACACUUCCCAAUCAAAUUAGUCUGUGUAAGUGAUGUUUUUAAUCUCUUCUGAAAUUAUAUUUUUCCUUUUAAAAAAUAAACCUUUUCCUUCUGUCCUGGAAUCAAUACUAAGUGUUGGUUCCAAGGAAGAAGAGCAGUAAGGGCUAGACAACUGGACUGAAGUGCUUUACCAAGGUCCCACAUCUAGGAAAUAUCUGAGGCCAGAUUUGAAACCAAGAUCUCCCAUCUCUAGGCCUUGGUUCUCUAAACCACCCAGCUGCCCCUGCAACCGUAUUUUUCUUAAAUUGUAUGUGACUAGAUCACACAUAUGAGAAUAUACGUUUAAUUAUUACACCAUAUUGAAUAGUAUUGCUAGGCAAUACGAUGUCUUGUUUAUAAAACAAAUUUUGUAUGAAAACCAGAUGGUUUUCUUUAAUCUUUCAUCUUACUGAGGCACUUAGAUGGCACAGUGAAUAGAGAAUUGGGCUUGGAGUCAGGAAAAUCCAAACUCAUAUCUGGCCUCAGAUUAGCUGGGUGAUCCUAGGCAAGUCACUUAACUUCUCUAUUUCCUUAGCAUGGGAAUAAUAUCCAUGCCUACCUAAUAAGGUUUUUGUGAGGAACAAAUGAUGUAUUGUGUGAUAGUAGUAUCAUACCAGGCAUUCCUUUGGAGGUAAUGCAUGCAUUAUAAAAGGUCCCAAAAAAUGUAUUAGGUAAGACAUAUCUGUAACCCUCAAGGAACUUACAGUAAAGUAGAGGAUAAAAAAGAGAUUGAGAAUUGAAUGGAGGAUCCCACCUUCAGUGAUACUAUAAAGGAGGGUGAACUAGGUCCCUAAAAAAGGAAGAAGAGGAGGAAGAGAGAGAGAGAGAGAGAGAGGAAAAA